AUGCGUUCUUAUAACUACAUGACCCUGUUCGCAGGCGCUGUUCUCGCGCAAGAAACUGCCACAGUCAUAAACUUUUUCCAAUUCGACAGCACACUCACUGUACUGGGCUCAGACGCAAAGGCAACUACAUUCCAAAACUCCUGUCCCUCAGACGCCGCCGGCAUCUCUGCAGUACCAUCCGACUUGCUACCAACUCCAGACGACGCAUCGGCUACCCCCGCGCCCACACCCGCGCCUCGCAUGCGCCGACAAGCCAGUGCUUCUUCCUCCGACGACUACGUCUUCUGCGAGCCCUACACAAUAAUCCAAGGCCCCGAGACCUACGAAUUCCACCUCACCGACCCCGUCCCCGGCGCAUGGACCGUCGACAUGAAAUGCAGCUGGAAAGGCGAAAUGACAAAAGCAGACCUGACCUGCGACGUCACUCAAAGUGGGCAUAUUCCUGCUCAAAGCGUCCAACUAGCGACUACGAGUGUGCUGCCUCAGAGUGAACUCCAGGAGAUGGAAGCGUACCAGGUUGUGAGCUUGGUGAGCGGAAGCGGUGCCGCUUCGCCUGCUUCGGCUUCGGCUUCGGUGACGCCUACACCUACGGGUACUCCUUCGCGUACUCAGUCGGGUAGUGGUACAAAUGCGCCGGCGAGCUCGGGAUCGAAUGCUGCGUCGACGCCAAGUCAGGGCUUUGCCGCUGCUGGGCCCCUGCCUACGGGUGCUAUGAAGGUUGUCGGAGGUGCUGUUGGUGUUUUUGCUGUUGCAAUGGCGCUGUAA